GUUUGUUCAUCAUCAUAUCGCCAGAAGCAAUGGAUGAAGAUAAUCCAAGGUUCACUAUUCCAAUCACCUCCGAUCCUAGAGGAAUGGCGGCAAUGGAGGUGGAAGCCAGCAGGGAGAAAAUUCAAGCUGCAACCAAUGUAGAAGAAGAUGAAGUGAAUGACAAUCCCAUUGAGCAAGUUAGGCUAACUGUUCCGAUUACGGAUGAUCCGACGGAAUCUACUUUGACGUUUCGUACAUGGGUUCUUGGCCUACUCUCUUGUUGUGUUUUAUCAUUCGUGAACCAAUUCUUUGCUUUUCGUCAAAAUCAGCUCUCGAUCUCAUCGGUAUCGGCCCAGAUUGUUGUUCUCCCUUUAGGGAAGCUUAUGGCUGCAACUCUGCCAAAAACUAACGUCCGAGUCCCGUUUACGCCAUGGUCGUUCUCGUUGAAUCCGGGACCGUUCACUAUGAAAGAACAUGUGCUGAUAACCAUAUUCGCCAACUGUGGAGCUGGUGGUGUUUAUGCAGUAAACAUCAUCACCAUUGUUAAGGCCUUUUAUCGCAGACCAUUGCACCCAGUUGCAGCCAUGUUGCUUGCACAAACUACACAGUUGCUUGGAUAUGGUUGGGCUGGUCUGUUCAGAAAAGUCCUGGUUGACUCACCUUACAUGUGGUGGCCAAUCACCUUGGUCCAAGUGUCUUUGUUCAGGACAUUACAUGAGAAGGAAAAGAGACCAAAAGGUGGACAUACAAGGCUACAAUUCUUCAUCAUGGUUUUCAUAUCAAGCUUUGCUUACUACAUCAUACCAGGCUACUUUUUUCAAUCGAUAUCGGCUUUAUCCUUUGUUUGUUUGAUCUGGAAGGAUUCGAUCCUUAUCCAGCAGAUCGGAUCCGGCCUCAAUGGGUACGGCGUUGGCUCGUUUGGUCUUGACUGGGCCACUGUUGCAUCCUUCUUGGGAAGUCCUCUUGCCACACCCUUAUUUGCCAUAUGUAACGUAAUGGUUGGGUUUGUCUUGUUUCUCUAUGUUCUUAUCCCCAUUGCAUACCAGUUCAACCUAUAUGAAGCUAGAAAAUUUCCCUUGAUUUCUUCUCAUACUUUCGAUGCCGAUGGUCAGACUUACAACAUUUCUAGAAUUCUGAAUCAGAAAACGUUUGACAUCAAUCUUCCCGAAUACAACAGUUAUAGUAAACUCUAUCUGAGUGUCGCAUUUGCUUUCCUAUACGGGUUGAGCUUUGCAACCCUCUCGGCUACCAUUUCCCAUGUGUUCCUAUUCGAGGGAAACACAAUCUUGGAAAUGUGGAGGAAGACUACGUAUGCAACGAAGGAUAAAUUUAACGAUAUUCACACGAGGCUAAUGAAGAAGAACUAUGAAGCAGUCCCCCAAUGGUGGUUCAUUGUUAUCUUGAUUACAGUUAUGGCGCUUUCCAUCUUUGCCUGUGAAGGCUUUGGCAAAGAGCUGCAGCUCCCUUGGUGGGGAGUUCUGCUAGCCUGCUUAAUGGCACUGUUUUUCACCUUGCCUGUUGGGAUCAUUCAAGCCACAACGAACAUGGCGGUAGGGUUGAAUGUGAUUACCGAAUUGGUCAUUGGGUAUUUGUAUCCUGGCAAGCCUCUGGCCAAUGUUUCUUUCAAGACCUACGGCUACAUCAGUAUGGUGCAAGCUCUAAUGUUGCUUUCAGACUUCAAAUUAGGCCAUUACAUGAAGAUUCCUCCGAAAUCGAUGUUUUUUGUACAGCUUGUUGGAACCGUAGUUGCUUCAACUUGCUACUUCGGAACAGCAUGGUGGCUUCUAUCCAGUAUCGAAAACAUAUGUAACCCUGCUUUGUUGCCCGAGGGAAGUCCGUGGACAUGCCCCGGUGAUGAUGUAUUUUACAAUGCUUCAAUCAUUUGGGGUGUUGUUGGUCCGCUCCGCAUGUUCACUAAAUAUGGUAACUACAAAGAGAUGAACUGGUUUUUCCUAAUAGGCCUGCUUGCCCCUGUUCCGGUAUGGUUGCUAUCGCGCAUGUUCCCAGAGAAGAAAUGGAUCAAACUAAUCCACAUGCCGAUGAUCCUUGGUGCAACAAUGAGCAUGCCACCGGCUAAAGCCGUGCACUACAUUUGUUGGGGAACCGUUGGAAUCUUCUUCAACUGGUAUGUUUACAGUAGGUACAAGCGAUGGUGGGCAAAGCAUACAUAUGUCUUAUCAGCUGCUUUGGAUGCUGGUGUCGCUUUCAUGGCUGUAGUCCUUUACUUCACCCUUCAAUCCUACAAUGUCAGUGGUCCGGAAUGGUGGGGUCUUGAAGGCACCGAUCACUGUGACUUGGCGCAUUGUCCAACUUUCCCUGGAGUCGUGUCCGAAGGUUGCCCUGCCGUUUGAAACUCCUUUGCAUUCAUAGGCUUUCAUUUUCUGCAUAUCUGUAAUAGCAACGACACUGCUUAUUAGGUUAUAGUUUAUAAAAUGCCCAACAGUUAUGAGUUUUUCUUUUUAAUAUUCA